CUUGGUACAGAAACCUGAAAGUCAGGAUCGAAGAGAAUGGCAACCAUGAACACAGAUGCCACAGAAAAAGACAUACCCAGGUUCAAGGUCACCUUCACCUUGGUGGUCUCCGGAAUAGAGUGCAUCACUGGCAUCCUUGGGAGUGGCUUCAUCACGGCCAUCUAUGGGGCUGAGUGGGCCAGGGGCAAAACACUCCCCACUGGUGACUGCAUUAUGUUGAUGCUGAGCUUUUCCAGGCUCUUGCUACAGAUUUGGAUGAUGCUGGAGAACAUUUUCAGUCUGCUAUUCCAAAUUGUUUAUAACCAAAACACAGUGUAUAUCCUCUUCAAAGUCAUCACUGUCUUUCUGAACCAUUCCAAUCUCUGGUUUGCUGCCUGGCUCAAAGUCUUCUAUUGUCUUAGAAUUGCAAACUUUAGUCAUCCUUUGUUCUUCCUGAUGAAGAGGAAAAUCAUAGUGCUGAUGCCUUGGCUCCUCGGGCUGUCAGUGUUGGUUUGCUUAAGCUUCAGUUUUGCUCUCACGAAAGAUGUCUUCAUUGUGUAUGUGAAUAGCUCCUUUCCUAUCCCCUCCUACAACUCCACGGAGAAGAAGCACUUCUCUGAGACCAAUAUGGUCAACCUGGUAUUUUUCUAUAACAUAGGGAUCUUCAUUCCUCUGAUCAUGUUCAUCCUGGCAGCCACCCUGCUGAUCCUCUCUCUCAAGAGACACACCCUACACAUGGGAAGCAACGCCACAGGGUCCAGGGACCCCAGCAUGAAGGCUCACAUAGGGGCCAUCAAAGCCACCAGCUACUUUCUCAUCCUCUACAUUUUCAAUGCAGUUGCUCUAUUUCUUUCCAUGUCCAACAUCUUUGACACUUACAGUUACUGGAAUAUUUUGUGCAAGAUCAUCAUGGCUGCCUACCCUGCCGGCCACUCAAUACAACUGAUCUUGGGCAACCCUGGGCUGAGAAGAGCCUGGAAGCGGUUUCAGCGCCAAGUUCCUCUUUACCUAAAAGGGCAGACUCUGUGACUGGAACUCAGGGAGGACUGCGGGACCUGGUCCAACCACUUCUGCCUUUUCCUCAGGAUGGUUCCAGCAGCAUUGUCUCAAAGAGCUGUUCACAAAAUACUGGACACCCCCUCCCCAG